CCCCUUUAAAAUGUUCUUUGCUGCCUCAUAGGAUAUGACAUCAACAUGACAGUGAGAGCUGGCUGACAUCCCUUCAAAUGAGAGAACGUUUCCCUUGGUAACCCCAACGCCAUCUAGAGACAGAAAUCUCUUCAUUAUUUCUUCCCCUGGAGCGUCCCCUGUGAGCCUUCAAAACUGUUUCUCCAAAGAGUUUUGCAAAAAUUAAGACUGUUUUCAAAAGCAGAAGCACCGCAGUCCACAACUGAAGUGAUGGGCAGCGUGCGCACCAACCGUUACAGCGUUGUAUCUUCAGAAGAGGACGGAAUGAAGUUGGCUACCAUGACAGUUGCCAACGGGUAUGGCAACGGUAAGAGCAAAAUACAUACCCGGCAACAAUGCCGGAGCCGAUUUGUCAAGAAGGACGGCCACUGCAACGUUCAGUUCAUCAACGUCAGUGAGAAGGGACAGCGUUACUUAUCUGAUAUCUUCACCACCUGCGUGGACAUUCGUUGGCGAUGGAUGCUGGUCAUCUUUUGCCUAGCCUUCAUCCUGUCUUGGCUUUUCUUCGGCUGUGUCUUCUGGUUGAUCGCUUUACUCCACAACGAUUUGGGAGCCGGAGAUAAUCACAAAUCUUGUGUCACCGAGGUCAGAAGCUUCACGGCCGCUUUCCUGUUCUCCAUCGAAACGCAGACAACCAUCGGCUACGGAUUCCGAUGCGUCACGGACGAGUGCCCAGUGGCGGUGUUCAUGGUGGUGUUCCAGUCUAUCGUAGGUUGCAUAAUCGACGCCUUCAUCAUAGGCGCCGUUAUGGCUAAGAUGGCCAAGCCGAAAAAGAGAAAUGAGACCUUGGUUUUCAGCGACACUGCGGUCAUAGCCAUGAGAGAUGGAAAGCUGUGCUUGAUGUGGAGAGUGGGCAACCUCCGCAAGAGCCAUCUCGUUGAAGCUCACGUACGGGCUCAGCUGCUCAAGUCCCGCAUCACAUCCGAAGGGGAGUACAUCCCGCUGGAUCAAAUAGAUAUUAACGUUGGCUUCGACAGUGGUAUAGACAGAAUAUUCUUAGUCUCCCCCAUUACAAUAGUUCACGAAAUGGACGAAGACAGUCCACUGUACGAUUUGAGCAAACAGGACCUGGAAAAUUCUGACUUUGAGAUUGUGGUCAUUCUGGAAGGUAUGGUGGAGGCCACAGCCAUGACCACGCAAUGUCGGAGCUCCUACCUUGCUAAUGAGAUAUACUGGGGUCAUCGAUACGAGCCCGUUCUCUUUGAAGAAAAGAGUUACUACAAAGUAGACUACUCCCGGUUCCACAAAACAUACGAAGUGCCCAACACGCCGGUAUGCAGCGCUAGGGACUUCGCGGAAAAGAAAUACAUCCUUUCUAAUGCAAAUACUUUCUGCUACGAGAACGAAGUGUCGCUCACGAGCAGAGAGGAGGAAGGCAGCGACAACGGUCUGCCAGAUAGCAUGAGCACGGACAUGCAUCCUGAAAUGGACAAUCACAAUCAAGUUUCCCUCGAUCCUAGACCUCUAAGGCGAGAAUCUGAGAUAUGACUGAAAAACUUGUACCUACAGCUGGUCAAAAUAGCUGGUCGGCAGCACCCGUUGCUAAGCAGGGGCCCAAUGCAGUUUUCAGAGGUCGGUACCGUUGGACAGAGGUGAAACGGAUCCAGCUCACGGAGCUGACGGGAAGCUUGGCA